GUGACUUCUGUGUCAUUUUCGGCAGAUGGAAAGUUACUAGCCACUGGCUGCUUCGACAGAAAUGCGUAUACAUGGGACAUUUGUAGGAUACUAAACGAAGCUGGCCUUAGCGAACUUCUGUUGGACAAGCAGGUCCUUGCUCGGGUGCCUCAUGGUUUUUUCGACGACUUACCAGUUCGGGCUCACGUUUCUCAGCACCCUCAAUCAUGGGCAUCGCAUGUAAGCACUCUUCGUGACCGGGUUUCCUCUUUAUUCCACACCGACUCCCACGAUACGUCUUCGCGACCCCGCCCUUUCCACUGGGUUCGAAGUCGUCUCUCUGGCAGACCAACCGGUGAAGAUAUCGAGCUUCGCGAGCGUCCCUCAGCAGUAGUCGAUGUUCCCUAUGCCAAGGGCAAACGUAGGAACGCAUGUGCAAGAGAAAGACGAAUGAAAAUCAUUCCAUUGAAACCUGGGAACUCUGCCGCAGGCCUCUCACGUCCUCCCAAUAGCAAUACCACACAACAUUCUAAUGGCGCAUCUCAAGCCCAGUCCUCGCAAGCACAGGUUGCUGUCUCCACUGCCACUGCACCUCCCGUCGUCACUAACACAACUCCAAACACUAAUCCUCAUGUCACAAUCAAACACGCUGGGCGCUGGACUCGUUUUUGGCUCUCUAUAUGCUGUUCCUCUUUUGAGUAUACUGACGGUCAUCAUUAAUCUACCCUGUUUCUUUUGCCAUCUUUUAAAGAUCUCCUUUGUAAUUUCUUAUGAUUUCGCUGCGCUUCUGCUGAGUAUACCCAUGGUCAUCAGCGAUAUAUUUCGUUCGUUUUCUUGUCAAAUGAUACACAUGUGGAUUGGCCCCGAUCACAUCAAGUAGGUAGCGAAUCAGUCUACUGAG